CACCCCUUACAGUGUAUGUGUGGCAACAACAUGUCUGUGCCGCUGCUCGCCGAGGCUGUGACGGUGUCUGGGACAGAGAAGGAGACCGCUGCGGUGAGAGACCACAGCAACACCAUAGUGUAACUUACGGCCAUCCAUCAGCAAAUUUGGCCACUUGUUGCAAAGCUUCAAAGCAAGCGCAAGAGUUGCCAUGCUGAAGCUAAUUUGUUGUUCAGAGGUGCCGUGAACUAGGGCAGGGACGAUACCAGUACCAUGGCAAAAAUGAAAAACCGAAGCAGAUAAGUCUUUAGUCCUUUAAAAACCUACUGUAUAUAUUAUAUUGUCGUCUUUGAAUUGGAAAAUAAAUAAAUGUGACUCUGGAUGACAACAUGAUGUUUGUUUGCAACAUUAGGGCUUUUUCCUAAAGAAGUUAGAUCCGUUUUGUUUACUUGCCACGAUACUAACAAGUAUUGCGAUACUGUUAUCGUCCCGGCCCUACUGUGAACCCACUGGGCAAAAACUGGUUGAAUCAACGUGGAAGACUGAUUGGAUUUGCAAAAAGUCAUCAACGUAAGAGAAUUUAGUCUUUUUUUCCACCCAACUUUUCACCUAAAUCCAAUGACAUGGUGACAUUUUUUGGUGAUUUCACAUUGAAUUUACAUUAGUUGACAACUCAACCAAAUGUAAAUAAAUAAAAAACGUUGAACUGAUUUACCAUGGUUGCUGCACAGCCCUAUCAGAACUGUGCUAUGUUAAAAUAUUGUCGCUUAAAGGCAUAACAAACCGAUUACACCGAAGUUAAGUGGGUCUGCAAGCACUUGUUAGGUCAGAACCAACUCAAUUCAUUUGUGAAGGCGAAUAAUAGAUUUUUACAUAGAGUGCAACAAAUCUAUCUUGUUCGCCAAAUUCAGAUGUUCUCUUAUGAUGCCUCUGAUAAAUGCAAUUCUUUAGAGUUGGCAAGCAGUAAUAUAAACUGAGCGUCGUCUUGGCAACAGUAGGAAUUUGCCCUUUGUUUUUGCUGUUGGGAAUGAUUCACUUGAACAUGGUGUUUAUAUGCGAAUACAGGGCAGUAGCCAGUAAAUGGGCAUGCUCAUUGAUGUUCAUAAUGCACCAUUACCUACUGUAAAACUGUCAAUCUCCCUAUCUCUACCACAGGUGAUCUUCCUUCAUGGUUUGGGUGACUCAGGGUGAGUUUCCUGUCUCAGGCUUCCCAGCAUUUCACACACACCCACACACUUUUUUCUUGAGGCAUGUAGUCGAAGUCUACACCCCUUCGUCGGUGAUUGGACGACAGUACAACUCCUAGUAGGACUGGGAAUUAUGGACGGGAUUCUUCAAUGAAGUGUUUGUCAUUCAACGAGAAACUGUUAGUUUUCAUGCAAAUGUUUUCACUAGAGAAAUACUGCACCAAACAUCUUAGUUAGAUGUAAAAUUGCACAACUAAGACCUCGUCAAAAGCGCCAAAUCAAGAAAUCUGUAAUUAAUUAUCUUAGAUUAAAUCAGACUAUUUUGAGGAAGUGUAUACCAACACUUCUAUGGUCAUUGGUGUAUACUGGUUAUGUUGCUACGGCGUCUCAAGGGGGACAAACAGUAAAAUUUCAUGUAUUUCUCGUUUUUCAAGCGAAGGUCUUUUUAUGGGAGUAUGCGAGGCACAGACGUUUGCUUCGCCAAGCAGAAUUCUGCUAGGAGCAAACCGAACCUAGUAUGCGGGCACCUUUAUAAUCAGUAUAAGUCUUAUAGCCUAAACUGUAAAGAGUACCACUUUCUCUCUCUGAACUGCUCCUUUUCUUCCUCUUGUCAGGCAUGGCUGGGCAGACACCAUGACUGCUAUCCGACUGCCACAUGUAAAGUAUAUCUGCCCCCACGCGUGAGUCUAUGUAUUAUCUGUCAUAUUUUCUGACAUGUUUAUUUCUCUUCUUGAGUGCCUCUUGUCUCAGUUUCUGGAGUGUUGCAAUCAGAGUCGAAUCUUCUGUUUGGUAGUGUCUCAUCUCUUAUCUUUCUGUACAACCAUUUAGUCCUCCACCCAUGUAUACCAUGUGUACAUUGAUUCACUUGUUUCUCCACAGGCCCAGAAUCCCUGUCACUCUUAAUAUGAAGAUGACCAUGCCCUCAUGGUGAGUCAUGUUGGCACUGAUCUAAAAUAUUUGACAUUGGCCAAUGGCUUGACUGUAAACUACACUUCAGUGGAAAAUAUUUCCUUUUGGUAAGCGAUUUGGUGCACAUGGAAUUCCUUCAAAGACACGAACACUACCAGGAUAUCAGGGUUACAUAAGAUAUACAGUGAGCUCCAAAGGUAUUGGGACAGUGACACAUUGUUUGUUGUUUUGGCUCUGUAAUUUAGAUUUGAAAUGAUACAAUGUCUGCACUUUAAUCUCAUCGUCAGAGCUUUAAUUUGAGGGUAUUUCCAUCCAUAUCGGGUGAAACGUUUAGAAAUUACAGCACUUUAUGUACAUAGUCCCCCCAUUUUAGGGGACCAAAAGUAUUGGGACAAAUUCACUUAUGUGUAUUAAAGUAGUUAAAGGUUUUGUAUUUGGUCCCAUAUUCCUAGCACGCAAUGAUUACAUCAAGAUUGUAAGUCCACAAACUUGUUGGAUGCAUUUGCUAUUUGUUUUGGUUGUUUCAGAUUAUUUUGUGCCCAAUAGAAAUUAAUGGUAAAUAAUGUAUUGUGAUUUUGGAGUCACUUUUUAUUGUAAAUAAUAAUAUAAUAUGUUUCUAAACACUUGUACAUUAAUGUGGAUGCUACCAUGAUUACGGAUAGUCCUGAAUGAGUCGUGAAUAAUGAUGAUUAUGAUAUUUAUGCGUCAAACUAUCACUCAUUUCAAAUCCAAAGUGCUGGAGUACAAAGCCAAAACAACAAAUGUCACUGUCCCAAUACUUUUGGAGCUCACUGUAUGAGAUGAGAUGUAUUAAAUCGUCUGAACAUGGAUCUGUACGUUUCUGUAGGUUUGACCUGAUGGGUCUCAGCCCAGAUUCUCCAGAGGACGAGGCUGGCAUCAAGAGGGCAGCGGAGAACAGUAAGUAAUUAAGUGAAACACAAGUAUUAUACAUGUUAUAUACACUGCAUUCGGAAAGUAUUCAAACCCCUUUACUGUUUCCACAUUUUGUUACGUUACAGCCUUAUUCUAAAAUGGAUGAAAUUGUUUUCUUUCCUAAUCAUUCUACACACAAUACCCCAUAAUGACAAGGCAAAAACAGGUAUUUAGAAAUAUUUGCCAAUGUAUAAAAAGAAAGAAAUUCACAAGUAUCCCUUUACUCAGUACUUUGUUGAAGCACCUUUGGCAGCGAUUACAGCCUCGAGUCUUCUUGGGUAUAACGCUACACGCUUGGCACACCUGUAUUUGGGGAGUUUCUCCCAUUCUUCUCUGCAGAUCCUCUCAAGCGCUGUCAGGUUGGAUGGGGUGCGAUGCUGCACAGCUAUGUUCUGGUCUCUCCAGAGGUGUUAGAUCGGGUUCAAAUCCGGCCUCUGGCUAGGCCACUCAAGUCAUUCAGAGACUUGUCCCGAAGCCACUCCUGCGUUAUCUUGGCUGUGUGCUUAGGGUCGUUGGGCUGUUGGAAGGUGAACCUUCGCCCCAGUCUGAGGUCCUGAGCACUCUGGAGCAGGUUUUCAUCAAGAAUCUCUCUUUACUUUCCUCCGUUCAGCUUUCCCUUGAUCCUGACUAGUCUACCUGUCCCUGCCGCUGAAAAACAUCCCCACAGCAUAAUGCUGCCACCACCAUGUUUCACCGUAGGGAUGGUAUUGGCCAGGCGAUGAGCGGUGCCUGGUUUCCUCCAGAAGUGACGCUUGGCAUUCAGGCCAAAGAGUUCAAUCUUGGUUUCAUCAGACCAGAGAAUCUUGUUUCUCAUGGUCUGAGAGUCCUUUAGGUGCCUUUUGGCAAACUCCAAGCGGGCUGUCAUAUGCCUUUUACUGAGGAGUGGCUUCCGUCUGGCCACUACCAUAAAGGCCUGAUUGGUGGAGUGCGGCAGAGAUGGUUGUCCUUCUGGAAGGUUCUCCCAUCUCCACAGAAGAACUAUGGAGCUCUGGCAGAGUGACCAUCGGGUUCUUGGUCACCUCCCUGACCAAGGCCCUUCUCCCCCGAUUGCUCAGUUUUGCUGGGCGGCCAGCUCUAGGAAGACUUGGUGGUUCCAAACUUCUUCCAUUUAAGAAUGAUGGAGGCCACUGUGUUCUUGGGGACCUUCAAUGCUGCUGACAUUUUUUGGUACCCUUUCCUAGAUCUGUGUCUCGACACAAUCCUGUCUCGGAGCUCUACGGACAAUUCCUUCGACCUCAUGGCUUGGUUUUUGCUCUGACAUGCACUGUCAACUGUGGGACCUUAUAUAGACAGGUGUGUCCCUUUCCAAAUCAUGUCCAAUCAAUUGCAUUUACCACAGGUGGACUCCAAUCCAGUUGUAGAACCAGCUCAAGGAUGAUAAAUGGAAACAGGAUGCACCUGAGCUCAAUUUCUAGUCUCAUAGCAAAGGGUCUGAAUACUUAUGUAAAUAAUGUAUUUCUGUUUUUACCUGUUUUCGAUUUGUCAUUAUGGGGUAUUGUGUGUAGAUUGAAGAGAAAAAAACAUGAAUUUAAUCAAUUUUAGAAUAAGGCUAUAACGUAACAAAAUGUGGGGAAAGGGUCUGAAUACUUUCUGAAUGCACUGUAGAUGCACAUAGAUAUCAUACUAAGAUCUAUGAACAUAACCAUGUUAGCUAAAAUGGUGUGCAUCAUAACUAGACAUUAUCAGCCCCCCAGGUAUAUAUUCAGUCUCCGUUUUCACCCUACUUCUCCACAGUCAAGGCCAUAAUCGACCAUGAGGCAAAGAAUGGGAUACCCGCCAAUCGUGUGAUGCUUGGAGGGUUCUCUCAGGUAAGGUUAAUCAAUGUGAAUUGCUCUGAAGGUGUUGUGCAAAUGAAGCCUUAUUUUUCCAGUUCCUGGUUGUAAGUGAUUUUUCAACAUUGCUGUUUAAACUGUGUGAACCAUGAACAACAUCUCCAUAGGUCUAAACACAUUCUACCUCUUUCCCUCUUUUUCACUGUCUCCCAGGGUGGGGCUCUGUCCUUGUAUACCGCCCUCACCUGUCAGCAGCAAUUGGCGGGUGUUGUUGCUCUCAGUUGCUGGCUACCGCUUCACAAGAGUUUCCCACAGGUACAUUUACAUAGCUUACUUCAGUCCCCUGAACAUUCCACAGAGCUGUUUCUUUUAUUACUGGGCUGGAUGUGAAUGUAACCUGCCUAAAUGACUACCACCCCUUAGCACUCAUGUAGCACUCACGUCGGUAGCCAUGAAGUGCUUUAAAAGGCUGGUCAUGGCUCACAUCAACAUCGUCCCGGAAACCCUAGAGCCACUCCAAUUUGCAUACCGCCCCAACAGAUCCACAGAUGGCGCAAUCUCAAUCACACACCACACUGCCCUUUCCCGCCUGGACAAAAGGAACAUCUAUGUGAGAAUGCUGUUCAUUGACUACAGCUCAGCGUUCAACACCAUAGUGCCCACAAAGCUCAUCACUAAGCUAAGGAUCCUGGGACUAAACACCUCCCUCUGCAAUUGGAUCCUGGACUUGCUGACGGGUAACCCCCAGGUGGUAAGGGUAGGCAACAACACAUCUGCCACGCUGAUCCUCAACAUCGGGGCCCCCCAGGGGUGCGUGCUUAGUCCCCUCCUAUACUCCCUGUUCACCCACGACUGCUUGGCCAAGCACGACUCCAACACCAUCAUUAAGUUUGCUGACGACACAACAAGUGGUAGGCCUGAUCACCGACAACGAUGAGACAGCCUAUAGGGAGGAGGUCAGAGACCUGGGCGUGUGGUGCCAGGAUAACAACCUCUCCCUCAAUGUGGGCAAGACAAAGGAGAUGAUCGGGACUACAGGAAAAGGAGGAGCGAACACGCCUCCAUUCUCAUCGACGGGGCUGUAGUGGAGCGGGUCGUGAGUUUCAAGUUCCUUGGUGUCCACAUCACCAACAAACUAUCAUGGUCCAAACACACCAAGACCGUUGUGAAGAGGGCACGACAACACCUUUUCCCCCUCAGGAGACUGAAAAGAUUUGGCAUGGGUCCUCAGAUCCUCCAAAAGUUCUACAGCUGCACCAUCGAGCGCAUCCUGACCGGUUGCGUCAACGCCUGGUAUGGCAACUGCUCGGCAUCCGACCGUAAGGUGCUACAGAGGGUAGUGCGUACGGCCCAGUACAUAACUGGGGCCAAGCUUCCUGCCAUCCAGGACCUAUAUAGUAGGCAGUGUCAGAGGAAGGCCCCAAAAAUAGUCAGACUCCAGUCACCCAAGUCUUAGACUGUUCUCUCUGCUACCGCACGGCAAGCGGUACCGGAGUGCCAAGUCUAGGUCCAAAAGGCUCCUUAACAGCUUCUACCCCCAAGCUAUAAGACUGUUGAACAAGUAAUCAAAUGGCCACCUGGAAUAUUUACAUUGACCCCCCCCUUGUUUUUACACUGCUGCUACUCGCUGUUUAUUAUCUAUGCAUAGUCACUUUACCCCUACCUACAUGUACAAAUUACCUCGACUAACAUGUACCCCGCACAUUGACUCGGUACCGGUACCCUCUGUAUAUAGCCUCGUUAUUAUGUAAUUGUAUUACUUAUUUUAUUUUGUACUUUUAUUUAGUAAAUAUUUUCUUAACUCUAUUUCUUGAACUGCAUUGUUGGUUAGGGGCUUGUAAGUAAGCAUUUCACGAUAAGGUCUACACCUGUUGUAUUCGGCGCAUGUGAAAAAUAGAAUUUGAUUCCAAACUGGAAAAUAUACUAGAUCUCUGCUGUCUAGAUAUGAAUGAACUUUUUGCUUGUAGUAAUUGAAUGUAAUGAUCUGUUGUGCCCAUUAGGCAGCGAGCGCCAGUGGGAAUAGGGACAUGCCCAUACUGCAGUGUCAUGGGGAGAUGGACCCCAUGAUCCCAGUGCAGUUUGGGGCCAUGACAGCCGAGAAGCUCAAGAUCAUCGUCAAUCCUCAGAAAAUCACCUUCCGGACCUACCCGGGACUCAUGCACAGCUCCUGUCCUCAGGUAAAAGGGGAUUUUGGUUGUAACAUGCAUGAGUAUCAAUGUUGUUCUAUGUGUGUUAAUGGUUUGCUAUGAGUAUCAGUGUGGAAGUAUUCAUGAUGUUCGGUUUCUUAUAAGCCUCUUUAUUUUGAUUUUACAGGAGAUGGCGGCAGUGAAGGAAUUCAUUGAGAAGCAGUUGCCCCGAAUCUGACCUCACAUCAACCUCACUGUGACCCUUAGACACUGAUCUCUCACCUCUGACCUGCCAUUCUCUCACAGGAAACAGCCAUGAGCACCGCCCCCUCCACACACACAAACAGACUCAGUAACACUUACUUUCACAUAACAUCAAAAUACAUGCCUCAUUCCAUAACAAUCCAACGCACAUCAGACUGGACACACCAUUUUUUUAACACAUUGAAGUGCGCAAACAACAAGUCUUAGCUUUGAGGGAGAAUCACUGAUUCACACAGUACAUUCCCCUGGGAUUCUUUAUUCUUACCCAACCCACCAUUAUCCUCUCCUCUUUCUUUCGCUCAACCUCCACUCCUAUUUCCCUCCAAUGCUGUGUGUCAGUUAGUGAAGCAGUAAGUGAGCAGGUGGGCUCCUCCUGUUCCUAGAUGCCACCCAGUGUCAGAGAGCCUGACCCAGGCUGAGGAGAUAGCAGGUUCAGCAGCCUGUGGUUCUGGUCCUCAGGCCCCGAGGUCUGGUGCCGUCUGGAGUGACUCUGGUGCUACGCUGCUCUGCAUGCUGUUACCAACUGGUUCACGGCCGCUGGUGGGGUUGUGGUCAC